UCCAAAACUUUUAUAGCUGAAAUACGGAGUCGGAUAGGGCCGGUGUAAAUACGCCAUAACGUUUUCACGUUUUACUACACUGAUACUUCUUCACAAAUAAUUUCCGAAGAUAACUUUUAGCAUCGAAUUGUGAGAAUUAAAGCGAAAAUGACUACAGAUAUUUCGCCGGAACACGACAGAGGAGUCCUGAAAGAAAUUUUAAAAAUGGGAGAAGGAGAAGAAACUCCAUCCUCUGGAUGCAUCGUCAAAGUACAUUACACUGGAACCUUAUUAGAUGGAACAAAAUUCGAUUCUAGUAGAGAACGCAGCGAGCCUUUCGUAUUCGAGCUAGGUCAAAGUAGAGUUAUAAAAGCGUGGGAAAUUGGAAUAGCCACAAUGAAGAAAGGUGAAAUUGCGAUAUUAACCUGCGCUCCCAAUUACGCAUAUGGAAAACCUGGAAGUCCUCCAAGAAUUCCACCUGAUGCAACACUCAAAUUCGAGAUUGAAAUUUUGGGAUGGAGUGGAAUGGACGUGAGUCCAGAUAAGGAUGCUAGCAUUGAAAAAAUCCAGUUAAAGAAAGGAUCAGACCUAACAAGUCCUAACGAUGGAGCUUUGGUUAAUGUGCAUUUAGUGGGAAAAUAUGAUGACACAGUCUUUGAAGACAGAGACGUUCAGUUUAAUCUCGGAGAAGGUGAGGAUGAUGGAAUCGUCAAGGGCGUUGAAAUAGCUCUAGAAAAGUUUAAGAAUGGCGAACUGGCUAGAUUGAACAUUAAGAGUAAAUAUGCAUUCGGAAGAGAGGGAAAGCCAGAGUUCAACAUUCCUGCAGAUGCCAAUGUGACGUACCUUGUAGAAUUAAAAGGUUUCGAGAAGGCUUCGGAUUUGUGGAGUUUGGACACUUCACAAAAAAUGGAACAAGCGAAAAUAUUCAAAGAAAAAGGUACCAAUUACUUCAAACAAGAUAAAUUCAAUCUCGCCAUCGAGAUGUACAAAAAGGUCGACAAUUACAUCGGCUCAGACUCAGAUUUUAAGGACGAGUUGAAAGUUAAGAGAGAUAAUCUUAUACUUGCGACUUACUUGAAUCUUGCUCUUUGUUACUUGAAGAGUGACCAAAACAUCCAGGCUAAAGAGUUCUGUAACAAAGCUUUAGAUAUCAGUCCCGGCAACGAAAAGGCACUUUUCCGAAGGGGCCAAGCAAAUCUCGCCCUGACAUCGGCUGCCAUUGCAGUCAAGGACUUUGAAGACGUGUUAAAAAUUGAACCCAAAAACAUCGCUGCUGCUAAACAAAUAAGUGUCUGCAAAAAUCUGAUUAAGAUACAACGUGCUAAGGAAAAGAAACUUUAUGCUAAUAUGUUCGAUAAGUUUGCUCUAGAAGACAGACAGAAAGAGGAAGAGAAGCUGCGACAAUUACCGGACGUGAUGCGUGGCGCCUUAGGAGAAUGGGGACAGGAGGAAAGGCCUGGAGGUAGAGACGCCACAGCUUUCGAAAAGGAGAACCCAAAUAUUCUAAUGUUGAAUGCUAACGGUACAGGAGAGUUUCAAAACAUGUGAUUUAAUUUUGUUAUUCGUCCUUUUCUAAGAACAAAUGCAAUGUCAAGAAAGAACAUAAGUUUACGUCCGAGCUGAAGCGUUUAUAAAUUGAGACCAAAAAGUGUAGUCCGACAAAUUUAUUCAGUACCGAGGAAAUAGAUAUGGAGGUUUCGCAUGUCAAAAAGACAUGAACGUAAAAUUGAAGCUGCCUCGAAUGCAAAUGGCGAUGGAAACAGCAAUUUUCCGUUUAAAAAGAACUUUCGCGAUACUAAUUUAAAUACAGAAUUCGAAGAAAAUGAGUUUGAUAAAAAAAAGUGAUCUAUGUAAUUACAAUUAAAUCUUCAAAGUAUUUUUAUACAUUUCCAUCCAAUCCAUUUGUAACUUUGCAUAUAUACAUGUUUCAGAUGAGAAUAAAAUAUUUUGUCUUUGAGCCCCCCGCAAU